UUUGUAUAACAGUUAUUGUGAAUGUUUCAAAAUUCUCUACAAAAUUAAUAACCAAGCAGUACAUAUUUCGAAUUUUGUUUCGCCGUUUGUCCUGUUUCAACUUACGUCUAAUUCCGUUUACAGAAGCAAUCUACACUUAAAUUUCUCUGUAAUUUAUCAUUAUCCGUUUUAUUUUUGACAAGUUGUGUGCAUUUCUUCCAAGCAGGAGGUGAAGAGGUUAUAUUUUAUAUUUCGGGUCGUGCUAAAUUUUUUUUUGUUUAAACUCAAAUUAUUGUAUGAGUCAGAAAACUGAAAGACCAGUAUUAUCAGGUCAGCGCAUCAAGACCAGAAAAAGAGAUGAAAGAGAGAAAUAUGACCCAACAGGAUUCCGUGACGCGGUCAUUGCAGGUCUUGAAAAAACUGAAGGUGACUUGGAGCAAAUAUCCAAAUUUCUAGACAGCGCUGGUAAUAAACUUGAUUAUCGUCGUUACGGCGAGGUUUUAUUUGAUAUAUUAAUAGCUGGUGGUUUACUCGUCCCUGGCGGUUCAAUUUCUCAAGAUGGUGAAAAACCACGUACAAACUAUUGCAUCUUCGAAGCAGAAGAGAAUAUGGAAGCUAUGCGUCAGCAUGAGCAGAUAUUCGUUUAUCUCAUGCGAAGAUAUAAGUACCUCGAGAAAAUGUUCGAGGAGGAGAUGAAGAAAGUGUUGGUCUUUAUUAAAGGGUUUUCUCCAAGUGAACGAACAAAACUUGCGCGUAUGACUGCGCUUUGGAUAGUAAAUGGCUCUGUACCACCAAAUGUACUGUUGGUUCUAAAUAAUGAACAUUUAAUUAAGGACGGUAUUGCUCUAGAAUUUCUCGUUGAGCUAUUUGUUACUUUUAAGCAAGAAAAGGGCAUUGCAUAUCUGGUACAAGCUCUAAAAAAAGGUGGUCUUGAAAGCAAACUCAUGGACUUUUUCCCACCAAAUAAACGCACUGAAGAUUAUUUAAAACAAGUUUUCCUUGAAAAGGAUCUAACUGAAAUAAUAAAACUACACAAGGCUCAGGCAAGCCAAGAAGCAAAACGUGAAUUGCAACAAACUUUAAUUGACGACAUUAAUGAUGAAAAAGCACACUCAGAAAUAACAGCAAAUAUCAAAGAUUUUGCACUGAAAUCUAACAUUCCCGAUCAUGAAGUUAUUAUAAUUAUUUGGUCUACUAUAAUGUCACUCGGCGAAUGGAAUAAAAAAGAAGAACUUGUAACUGAUCAAGCAGUAAGGCAUCUAAGGGGCUACUGCCCACUUUUACAAGCUUUUGCUUCAACUGAUCGAUCCGAAUUGGCACUUAUAUUGAAGGUGCAAGAAUUCUGUUACGAAAACAUGAAUUUUAUGAAGGCUUUCCAUAAAAUAGUUUUGUUGUUUUAUAAAACUGACGUACUUUCUGAAGAAAUUAUACUCAAAUGGUUCAAAGAAGCGCAUUCGAGCAAGGGCAAGAUGCAUUUCUUGGAACAAAUGAAAAAAUUUGUUGAAUGGCUACAGCUCGCUGAAGAAGAAAGUGAAUCCGAAGAUGAGCAAAAAGAAAAGGAACAAUUUUGGCAAAUAUCUUAAAUAUGUAAAAGAGUUUUUUUCGGCGAAACAUAAAUUUAAGUAACAGUUCUCUAUAAUAACACUCAACCUCCUGAUUUGACGAAAAAUAGAUUUAUAUAAUUAAUUCUCAUGUAAUAAACCAAACCGUUAAAAAAAAAAUCGACUCGCUAUAUAGUUAUAUCAUUUAUAUAUAAGUUGUGUAAGUAUAUCUUUAACAAUGCAUGAAUUUAAAUGCAAUUAUUUAUAAUAUACACUAAUAUAUACAACACCGUAUUUAUAUAAUAUAUCUAUAUGUAUAUAUAUAUAUUAUAUAAUAGUAUAUUUAUAUAAAUGUUUCAAACAAAAGCUAUUCUAAAAGUUAAUUUGAAUUGUAUUUGGGUAUUGUUCAAUAAUUAUAUUUAAAAACAAAAACAAAAA